UUUUUAUUUUUAUUUUUAUUUUAUUUUAUUUAAUUUUUUUUUUUUGAAGACGAAACAAGACGAGCUGAAAAAUACACCGGUUCCGUUUCGUUGCCAGCGGGAGGGAGCUGAGAGAAGGAAGAGCAGCAGCAGCUGCCCCAGCAGCCUGCGUAUCCUUUUCGGCCUGGCUACACGACAUUACAAAAACAGAAACAACAACUGUAACCGCAGGACGAAGCGAAAAAGGAGCAAAACGGACGCACAUGCUUGCUUUGCCUGCCUGGCCUGCCUUCCUGCUGCUUCGGCCUCUGCUUCUGCCUCUGCCUGCUGCUCUCGUCCUUUCUGUGUAUAGUCGUCCUUUCUGCCAUCCUGUGUUGUGUCUGUGUUCGUGUAUUGGCUUUGGAUGUGUGCCAGUGUGAGUGUCGGAGGUCGUGAGUGUGUGCGAGUGUGCUUCCAAUUUUUCUCUCUGCCUGCGUCUUCGUCUCCUUACAUGGAAACUAGCAAUCGUUGAACCCAAUUAGUUCGACAUUGGCGCUGGUCGUGGACGGUUCUCUAGCUAUCCUGGCUCCUGGCUCCUGUCUCCUUGCGGCAGCUCCUAAAUCUCGUGUCCUCGUAUCCCGACACAUUCCUCGUGCUUCCCUUUGACAAAAAGGGAAAAAUUAAAUAAAAUCCAAAGCCAAGCCAGUUUUGAAGUGAAAAUGUGCGCGUUUAAAGAGCUAAAAGCGCAUCGGUUGCCGCUUCCUGAAGGUCUUCUCCAAUGUGGCUCCACAGAGCACGGAUCGCGUCGUCCAGACCGUUGGCAAGCAGAGCCAGGUGAUCGAGGCGGUGCGCGAGGUGAUCACCCUCACCCGUGACACACCCAUCAGGGGCGCCAUACACAACUAUGACCCCAUGAACUUCGAUCGCGUCUACGCCGAUGAGUACGGCGGCUAUGGCACUGGAAGUGGAAGCACUCGACCCAGUCAGCGCGGCAACAAUCGUAAUGGAGGAGCUGGGGGCGCUGCCGGAGGAGCCGGCGGCAAUGGAGGCAACGGUGGAGGAGGUUUCGGUGGUGCUGGCGGUGGUGGAGGAGGCGGCGGUGGCCGUGGGAAUGUUGGAGGACGUGGCGGUGCUGAUCGUUUCGGAGGAGCUGGCGUUGGAGCUGCUGCCGGUGCUGGUAUGGGUCAGCGCGAUAACCUGUUUAUCAAUCCCUGGGCCAAUGGAGGCGGUGGUGGCGGCGAUGUCGAUGGCUUCGGCAACAAUGGAGGCACUGGCGGCUUCUCGGGCAACAGCUUCGGUGGGGGCUCAGGUGGCCCCUUCGGAGGAGGCAACAGCUUCGGCAAUAACGGUUUCGGAGGAGGUCCCGGUGACUUUGGCGGCAAUUCCGGAAACUUUGGACAGAGCCAGGGGAGCAACAGCUUGCCCAGCUUAGGCAGCUUCGGUCAGAACCAGGGCGGCAACAACAGCCUGCCCAGCUUGAGCAGCUUCGGCCAGAAUCCGGGCGGUGCUGGUGGACUAGGCAACGGCCUGGGCGGCGGCAGCGGUGGUGCUAACAACGGUGGUGUUAGUGCUCUGGGCGGUGCUAAUGGCUCCGGUAGCUUCAAUGCUGGCGGUGGCACAAACGGAGGACCCAACGGCAGCUCAAACACUGCCGCCAACAUACCCCAGGGCCAUGAUCCCAACAACAGCACACAAGUCACCAUUCCAAAGGAGUUGGCUGGAGCCAUUAUUGGCAAGGGAGGCGGUCGCAUCCGGCGCAUCCGAAACGAAUCCAGUGCAUACAUAACCAUCGAUGAGCCGUUGCCCAACUCGAACGAUCGCAUCAUCACCAUCUCGGGCACGCCCAAGCAAAUACAGAUGGCCCAGUAUCUGCUGCAACAGAGUGUGCACGAGAACGGCAGGCGAAACAUUUAAGUGGGCAACAACUUGAACAGGAACAGGAACAGGAGCAAGUAGCAGUAGGAGGAGCAGGAGCAGGAGCAACAGUAGCAGUAGCAAAACACAAGCAACACCAUCGGAACAACAACAGCCAUCUGCUACUGCUAAUGCUGCUGUUGUGCUACAUCUUUAAAAUUAAAUUUACUAAAGAAGGAGCUGGUAUCGCAUCGGCCUCAGAGCGGAAGAGCAUCCUCCAAAUACGAAAGAAAUUUAUGUAUUUCUUCACUAUAACUUUAAGUGAAAAUGCCCCAAAAAAAGUAUAAGGAACAACAAAACUAAAAACCUAAACUGAUUAACUGAUACUGAAGUGGAAUCCAUCAACGAAACCCUACCAUCAAAACCCCUUUCAGCCCCCAUGUCCUCAAUGUCUCAUCCUCCCUCCCCCCCACACGCAACAGAUUGCUAUUUUGGGGGAAAGUCAACCUUAAAAACUUUGUAUGAUAAGAAGUAUGAACAAAUAAAAUAUAAAUAAACUGGA